UAUAUAUAUAUAUAACACAACAACAUCAGCCAGCAGCGAAGUUUAUAAUUAUAAGAAGAGGAAAGAGGGAAAAAAGAAGACUCGGGGGAUUAGUCAGACUAUACUCGUAUGUACAGCGUACGGCUGAUAGUAUAUACAAGCGAUGAUCGUAAGUAGUAAAGUUGAAGGAGAGUCGACGUGCUGCUUAUAUAUCCUACAACUGGAUGGCACGCGUUAAGUGUUGAUAAGUGACUGUCAAUUGAACGGAUUUAUUCGACGUAUAAUCUGCCUUACGUGGUAAGCGAGUCCGGCGGCUUCGCGCGCGCGUAAGGUGUCUCUGCGUAUUUUUGAGAGCAGCGUUCGUAGAACCGGUCGAUAUGAGUUAGUUAACAGACAGCGCGGAUGUUGUUGCUCUGGCGUUCAGCAAACCUUCUGGAGAGGAUGACAUUCGAUGAAUCUCUAUCCUGAGCUUGGAUCACUGUGCCCGCAGACAUGGAAGAUGAGCACGCAGUCAGGGAAGCCAAUAAGAUUUGUGGUGUCUGCGGAGACCGAGCACUUGGCUACAAUUUCAAUGCAGUCUCCUGCGAGAGCUGCAAGGCCUUCUUUAGACGCAAUGCCCUUAAAAACAAGGAUUUUCGCUGUCCCUUCAGUGAAAAUUGCAGUAUAACACCAGUGACCCGACGCUUUUGCCAAAAAUGUAGAUUAGAUAAAUGCUUCAGUAUCGGUAUGCGAAAAGAGUAUAUCAUGUCUGAGGAAGAUAAAGUCUUGAAACGGCAAAAAAUUGAACAAAAUCGAGCCAAGAAGAGACCAGGCUCUGACACUCGAAAGGGGACAAAACUGAAAAGAGAAAGCAUAGACGAUUCUAAUUUCGACGAUAACUCUACCUCUAUUCCUUCUGUAGCUUCAGUUGCUUCUGUCAUGUCAGAGUCAUAUUUUUGGGAGUCUGAUAAGAAAUACACCGACCUUGAUGCAAACAAACAACCCACAGUGGAUAGCAUGAGUCCUGUAACAGCUGCUAGUGUACCAAGUCCUUCAAGUCCACCGGAAAAUUGCGACAUUGCUGGAAGUAAGACCUUAGAAAUGUUAAAAGAUUCAUCACACACUUCUGUUCCAAACUUUGUAAAAUAUAGUCAGCCUAGUUCGUACAAUUCAAGUGAUUCAAAUGUUGAAAAGGAUCAAUCUAGUCGAGUGAACGAAUGCAUCACAGCUAAUUCUAAUAAUAAUAAUUUCGAGCCAGAGAAGGAGCAGCAAGUACAACCAACAAAAUGUAAUGCAAAUAUUGCUACGUUAAAAAAGCUUGACAAAAAGUAUCCAGAAUCCAUUGGAUCUCCAAAUUCACCAAAAUGUUCAAGAUUCGAAAGUAAUUUACCAAAUUACUCAACGUUCAAGCAAUCGGCUGCUGAACAGAGUCCAUACAUGCCAUAUGCAGAGUGUUCAACAUCUGCAAAAUCUGUUGAAUUUUGUACAAAUCAAGUUGCUUCAAUUGUGCCACAAUCAAAUAUGGAAGAAGCUAUCAUGUGCCAGAAAUCUAAGGAGCCUAGCUCAAAGGGCUCUAAUUUGGCUUCUAAAGUGAUGCAAGAUCCUGGAUUACUUGCUAAAUUAGUAAGCAAUCCAAGUAUUGUUGCAAAAAUCAUUCAAGAUCAAAAUAUAAUUGCCAAAUUUAUCACAGACCCAGAAAUCAUGGGCAAGUUAGCUUCUGAUCCUCAGAUCUCCCAAUUUAUCGAAGAAAAACUUGGAUCGUCCGGUGUUCAUGAAGGAUCAGAAAUCAUAUCUCAUGAGAAGGGUACAACAGGAGAUCUUGAUAACAAUGGAAUUUCUAAUAAUAUCAUAAAAAAUAUAUUAGAAGCUGGCCCAAGUCAAGUGGAAAAUCCAAUUUUAACAAAUUUAAUUAACAACCGGUGUACGACAGAAGAACAUCAAGAUCAAAAUAGCGAUAACAACAUACCGAAUGAAUGGAAUAAUACUAGUGAGGAUGUUACUAAAGACGUUCUACAAGAUGUACAAAGAAUACCCAUAGCUGCCAACUCAAUCGAAUCAAUAUUAUGUGAAGCUAUAAAAUUAGAGUUUUCUGCCUAUUCAACUCUAGGAGGUAAUCAAAAUAGCAGAGAAUUGAAUGAUGCUGAGAGGGCUAAGUUAAAUGAGCUUAUAGUAGCAAAUAAGGCACUACUAGCACCACUCGACGACGACAUCACAAACUUGGUCGGUGAAGAAUGUAGAUUUAAGGGCAAUUCUGGUCUAUCGGAUCCCAUGCUGUUGGACGUCAUUAAUUUGACGGCGAUAGCUAUUCGAAGACUGAUUAAAAUGUCGAAAAAAAUCAACGCUUUUAAAAACAUGUGUCAAGAGGAUCAACUUGCCUUACUAAAAGGAGGCUGUACCGAAAUGAUGAUAUUAAGAUCAGCGAUCAAUUAUGAUCCUGACAAAGAUAUUUGGAAAAUUCCACAUAGUCAAGACAGAAUGUCUAAAAUUAAAGUGGACGUUCUUAAAGAAGCUAAAGGCAAUCUUUAUGCUGAACACUCGAGAUUCGUAAGGACAUUUGAUCCACGCUGGCGAGACGAAAAUAUUAUCUUGAUAUUGAGUGCAAUAGCACUUUUUUCGCCUGAUAGACCCAGAGUUGUACAUAGCGACGUUAUCAAACUCGAACAAAACUCUUACUAUUAUUUAUUACGGCGAUAUUUGGAGAGCAUAUACCCUGGAUGCGAAGCGAAAUCCACGUUUCUUAAAUUAAUACAGAAGAUUUCAGAAUUGCAUAGACUCAACGACGAAGUGGUUGGCGUAUAUUUGAACGUUAAUCCAUCCAGCGUAGAACCGCUAUUGAUUGAAAUAUUCGAUUUAAAACAUUAAGGCGAUUUAGUUGUUCGCUUUAACCAACUUUGAUUGUCAAAAGUCUAUUUAUUAUCUGCGAUGCAGAAAGUGGUACAACAGUUUUUACGGUACUAUCAUUCACUUGCAAGAGCUAUUAGCAUCAAAGAGUAGGAACUCACUUCUACUUGACAAAUUACUAUCUAUUACACCUAUUACAUCAAUUUGAUUUUUAGAACACGAUAUUGCAUAUCUAUAAAUAGAUUUUAAUUUAUGUUAUUAGUUUAUUACACAGGUAUUUUUGUAUAGAAUGUAUUACCUAGUUGUUGAAAGUAAUUUACGAAAAGUUACAUUUGAAAAUUAUGUUUUUUUAUACAUAGACGCAGUUAGCAUUGCAACCUUUUUUUGCUAUAUAAUAUGUAUAAAAAAUUACUCAUGUACCUAAUCCAUUUUUGAGAAAAAGAAGACGUUACGAAGGUUUAAUGUUAAUGUAUUAUAAGAAUUUUAUUCUAACUAGAGGUUUAAAAAAUGCUCGGGCACACGCAUUUGGCCGGGUUAGAUUCAAGAAAUCAACUUGCAAUUGAAUCGUAGCUUUAUUUUUUUAAAAGAGUAAAAAUGAUCUAGCUACCUAAUUGUAAAUUUUGAAUAUAUGAUGUAAAUUUAUCGAUUAAAACUAACAAUCAUUGUUGAAUAUUGCAUGUAAGCAUACCUGCGAAAUUCUACCCAAAAAAACUUCUAAAUAACCACGCUUAUAAGGUCAGUUUAUUCUGCUUCAAUGUUACGAUCUUCUUGAAGUUAUGACAUCGAUACUGUAGGUAUGCUUGUGAAAACAUAUUGUACACAAACAUAUUGUGAUAAAGCAAUAAAAUCUAUUUUUUUCAUAAAUCU